AUGUGCCAGGGUGGUGACUUCACACGCCAUAAUGGCACAGGCGGCAAGUCCAUCUAUGGGGAGAAGUUUGCGGACGAGAACUUCAUCCUGAAACACACAGGCCCUGGCAUCCUAUCCAUGGCAAAUGCUGGGCCCAAUACAAACGGCUCCCAGUUUUUCAUCUGCACUGCCAAGACCAAAUGGUUGGAUGGCAAGCAUGUGGUCUUCGGCCAGGUGAAAGAAGGCAUGGAUAUUGUGACGGCCAUGGAGCGCUUUGGGUCCAGGAAUGGCAAGACCAGCAAGAAGAUCACCAUGGCUGACUGUGGGCAACUCUAA